AUGGAUUCAAGUCUUGCAAAUAAAGGAAAGGAUCAAAUGCAAAGGCCUCGUUGUGCUGAAGAAAAGAAGGAAAGCUCUUGUCUUCCUUCAGCAUCAUGCACAAUUCUGCAGAAGCAUUAUUGUGGUGGAGAAAUGAGAGAGAAGCCCCAUGAUAUUCCAUCCAGCAACACUUCUGGAUCUCAUGUACCAUCAACAGUAAGUUUAUUUGAAAUGGUGCGAGCACAAUUACAUCAGCAGACCUCCAAGAAAGAGGAUAGUUCCUCCUUUACUUCUAACACUUAUCGUGGUCUGUAUCCUCAAGCUUUAAAAGAUUUUGAGCUUGCUCUUCUACUUCAAGACUCUGCUGAAAUGUUCUCCAAGAGACACUAUGAUCAUGCAACGGAGUUAUUAAGAUUGUGUAACUUGUCUGCUUCUCCUUCAGGUACUCCUGUUCAAAGAGUUGUGUAUUACUUCUGUGAAGCUCUUCGAGAGAGAAUUGAUAAGGAGAAGGGAACAUUAUCACUUAAUAGACCUGAAGGUUGGGAAGAGAAACCAUUUGAUUUGGACAAGGUUCUGCAGAAUCCAAAGCCUUUUGCAGUUGUAUGCUAUCAAUCAUCACCUUUCUUCCAAGUGCCGCAAUUUGCUGGAAUUCAAGCCAUCAUAGAUAAUGUCAAGUCAGCAAAGAGAGUUCAUUUGAUCGAUUUCGGAGUCAAAAUUGGUUCACACUGGGCAGUCCUCAUGCAAGCUCUUGAUAAUGUAGGUGACUGUCCACUUGAGCUUCUAAAGAUAACCGCUGUUGCAACAUCAAAACAGAUGGUUGAAGAAAUAGGACAGAGAUUGUCAUCUUUUGCUGCUGAAAACAUCAAGUUUCCCUUCUCCUUCAAGGCAGUAGUGUCGGAAAUGAAGGACCUCAGUAAAGAUCUUUUUGAGUUAGAUACUAAUGAAGUUGUGGCAGUUUACUCAGAGUAUAGUCUUGGGGGCAUGUUAGCAUGGCCCAAUCACCUGGAAUCUGUUCUAAGAUUAAUUAAAAGCCUUAAUCCUUGUGUAAUGGUUGUCAUUGACUCUGAGGCAAACACUAACGCGCCAAUUUUUAUGGACCGUUUUAAUGAAGCACUAUUUCUGUAUGGUGCAUUCUUUGACUACUUGGAUGUUUGCAUGGAACGAGACAAUCAUUACCGAAUGACAUUUGAAGGACUUAUUUUGAGGAAUAUCAUUCAAAAUAUAAUCACUUGUGAAGGAAAUGAGAGGACUUUUCGCAAUGUAAGACUUGAAGUAUGGAGAGAUCUGUUUGAAAAGUUUGGUAUCAAAGAAACAGAAUUGGGCGAAUCAUCCUUGUACCAGGCAAAUCUAAUGGCCGAUAGGUGUGGUCAUGGUUUUUCUACUCUGGAUAUGAAUGGAAAGGGCCUUCUAAUUAAAUGGAAGGGAAGUCCAAUAAUAUUUGCUUCAGCCUGGAAGUUUUCACCAUGA